AUGUAUAAGGUCGACCUCACGCCAGAUCCCAAGGAGAUGGCAGCCAUUGAAGCGAGAAGGAGACGAGAAAGAGAGAGACAAAGCCGAUUUUUCAACGUGCGCAACCGAGUCAUAGGCGCGGAUGUGGAAGCCCUGAACCGCCAGGUGGAGGAGCGAAGGCAGCGCGAGACGAUGGAGCGAAGCGAGGACUUGGUUCACGGCACCAAGAACGCGCAGUAUGGUCUGGUGGCGCAGAUGCUGGAGAAGGAGGAGGCAGAACGGGCCCGUCAGUUUUCCAAGAAAGUGCAGGAUUUCCGGCAGCAGAAGCAGCAGCAGAAGCAGGAGCAGCAGCAAUUGCUCAGUAACGGACCUGAAUCUGACCCAUGGGAUCCAGGACCAUCUCAAGCGUUUCCAGGCCCUCUCAGUAACAGCGGUCUAUGCUACGGCCCAUCCAGCAUGCAGUGCUUCCUUGGGGAGGACCUGAACAGAGCCUCCAACCUGAGAAAGCAGCAGCAGCAGUUAAGGUCCGACCUGGAGAAGCAGCUGCAGGAGCAACAGGAAUGCAUGAAAGAAGAGAUCCGCGCGGAUUUGCUCAGUAACCAGCUGCGCCUCGCCGCAGACAUGCGCGCCAACGAGCUGGCCAGGUUGGAGGAGUCCUGUCGUGCAGCCAUGAGAACGGCCAUGGCCAAUGCCAACAAAGCCCAGGCAGCUAAGCAGGCUCAAGACAAACGCCGUGAACGUCAGCAACAAGAGGAUGCCAACCUCAUGGAGAUCAAGAACCAGCUCACCAGCGACCUACUGACUGAGAAUCCCCAGGCUGCCCAGCAUCCCCAGGCUGCCCACCGGGUCCUCCCCUAUUGCUGGAAAGGGAUGACUCCGGAGCAGAGAGCUGCCAUCAGGAAAACCCAGGAAGCACAGCGCCGUGAAAAGAAGGAACAGCACCGAGCUGAGAAAGAACUGGAUGCUGAGUGGGGAAAACAAACCAUAAAAUUGGCUGAAGCCUCCCUGGAGCUGGAAGCGCAGGAGAGGGCGCUGUGUGCAGAAUUUCGAAGGGGGCUAGGCUCCUUCAACCAGGAGCUGGCUAAGGAGCAACAGGCCCAGCAGAACUAUCUGAAUUCAGUCAUCUACACCAAUCAGCCUACAGCCCACUACUACCUGCAAUUCAACACGAGCAGCCGCUGA